AUGGCCUCGCAGACUUUCAAGCUCAACUCGGGAUACGAGAUCCCUGCCGUCGCCCUCGGCACCUGGCAGUCCGCCCCCGGUCAGGUCCAGGAGGCCGUCUCGUACUCCCUCAAGAUUGGUUACAAGGCCAUUGACGGCGCUUACUGCUACGCCAACGAAGACGAGGUCGGCCAGGGUCUCAAGGAGGCCUUUGCCAGCGGUGUCAAGCGCGAGGACAUUUACGUCGUCACCAAGCUGUGGGCCACCUAUACCACCAGUGAUGAGAGAGUCAAGCUCGGACUCGAUAAGAGCUUGAAGAGCUUGGGUCUUGACUACGUCGACCUGUUCCUGGUUCACUGGCCUGUUGCCAUGAACCCCGAGGGAAACCACGAUAGAUUCCCCACCAAGCCCGAUGGCAGCCGUGACAUCCUUCACAGCCACUCCCACGUUGACACCUGGAAGUCCAUGGAGAAGCUCCUUGACACCGAAAAGGUCCGCUCCAUUGGUGUCUGCAACUACAGCGUGAAGUACCUCGAGGAGCUCCUCCCCCAGGCCAAGGUCGUCCCCGCCGUCAACCAAAUCGAGAACCACCCCAGCCUGCCCCAGCAGGAGAUUGUCGACUUCUGCAAGGAGAAGGGCAUCCACAUCAUGGCCUACAGCCCUCUCGGCUCUACCGGCGGUCCCCUCCUGAGCGCCGCGCCCGUCGUCAAGAUCGCCGAGAAGCGCGGCGUCAGCGCCUCCACCGUCCUCCUUAGCUACCACGUUGCCCGCGGCAGCACCGUCAUCGCCAAGUCCGUCACCCCCGAGCGCAUCAAGGCCAACCUGGAGAUUGUGAAGCUUGACGACGAGGACCUUAAAGAGCUCCGUGCCUACUCGGACGACCUGACGGCCAAGAAGGAGCUCAAGCGCUACGUCUACCCGCCAUUCGGCAUCGACUUUGGCUUCCCGGACAAGUCUUAG